CCGCCGAUCUUGGCCAGCUUCAGUCUCGCGUCUUCGUACGCUCUACGUAUAUUCUUUCAACGCCGACUGACAUGCUCCGCCAUCGUCUUUAUUAGGACCGCCAGCAACUGCGUUACGAGCUAGAUCUUAACUCCUGGAACCUGAGAAUAUGGGGUGUCGCCGCCUCUGGUUUCCUCACCGACUCGUGUGUACAUCACUCCCCGCCCUUGAUGCCCCCGGAUCUGCCCCGGCUCCGGCCCCAGAUCCGGCUCCGGCCCCACCAUCCCUAUCCGUCUCAGUCUUGCAUUGUUCCGGUCCCCUGCCCCGCGUGCUACUGAAUAUGAUCCGUCGGUCGUGUAAUGGUUGCUAGCUUGUCUUGAAUGCACAUACGUGUGAUGAUCCGUACCUACAUUAUCUAAGUAGUACUGCAUGUCCAAUGCUGAUAUCAAAACACCGCCGUCUAGGUAUAACCUGUUUGCCACCAAUGUCAUCCUUGCUACGCUGUCGUUUGUUUACUUUCCAAACGACCGGUGGUGCGGCUUGAUCAUCAAUGUCUUCACGCUGCUCGGCUCAGUCUGCGGCCAACUUCUCUUCGGAUAUCUGGCUGACAGGUAUGGGAGGACUCGUCUGUAUGGAAUUGAGCUUGUGCUCGUCAUCGUCUCGACUAUUGGAGUUGCCACUUCCAGCACCGGCUAUGGCGACAUGUCAUUCCUAGCCUUGUUUACUUGGUGGCGGUUUGUGAUGGGAGUUGGCAUCGGAGCCGAAUAUCCUCUAUCGGCAAUAAUAACGGCCGAAUGGUCCAGCACACAGUCGCGGGCGAGCAUGUUGUCGUCCGUGUUCUUGAUGCAGCCCGUUGGUCAGGCGCUCGCACAGCUGGUCGGUCUCUGGGUUCUCGUUGGCGAAGACAAUGCACACAAGCUUCACGAGAUGCAAUGCGGAAUCAACUCCCUCCACGACGAAGAGUGCAAAAAGAUUAUAGACGGCAUAUGGCGUAUCGUUAUAGGCUCCGGUGCUAUUCCCGCCCUCCUGGCCAUCAUAUUCCGCUUCUUCCUCUACGACUGUGGCCUGUACACACUCGAGGUUAAGAAUAAGCCGGGAAUCGCCUUCAGGGACACACAACGCGUCUACGGCGCCCCCCCAUCUGCAGAUGGUAUCGCCAUGGGUGCCGGCGGUGGUCCUGGCGGCGGAGGCGGCGUCGUCCGCUCGGGAUCUUUAGGGUUAGGGUUAGGAGCACCCAUACAGUUCUCGCGCGACGACUUGUACAACUUCUUCGUCAAGGACAAGAACUGGCACUAUCUCCUCGGCACUGCCAUGACAUGGUUCUUUCUCGACGUAUCCUUUUACGGCUUUAGCUUGGAUAACAGAGGGACUCUAGCCGACCUCUGGGCCACCACUUCCAAAGUGGAUAUCGAUCCCAACCUUUGGUGUUGGAAUUCAACCUUCGAGAAUGGCACAUCACUUGUCAGGGGCUGGGCCAACACUGGCCUGCCCACAUGGCAGACAGAUGGCACGCAGCCAUGCAACACCAUUUACGAGAUUCUGCUCGAGCAGACGAAGCAGUACCUGCUGACCGUCUCCAUCGCGUCCAUCGCCGGAAGCAUCUGCUUCAUCUUCGCCGUCAACCGGAUCCCCCGUCGCCAAUGGUUGACCACGUCCUUUAUGAUCCUCACCGUCUUGUUUCUCGUCACGGGUGGCGUCUAUUACGGCGUGGCCCAGAAGCAAGGUGCACCGGUGACGGUCGUGUUGGUUGCAAUUUGUCACUUUGCCUUCAACUUUGGCGCAAACACCCUCACAUUCAUCAUCCCGGCAGAGAUUUUCCCAACCCCCUACCGAUGCACAUGCCACGGCAUCUCGGCCGCCGCCGGCAAGAUUGGCAGCAUCGUGGCCGUUCUCGUCGUUUACGGCAUCAACCAGGGAUACAAGCCCUCGAACCGCCAGGGUCUCGUGUUCCUGUUGUUUGCGACCUUCAUGGCUCUCGGCGCCGUCUUUUCGUGGGCAUACUUGCCCGACAUCCAGCGCGUCCGGGAAGAGAGCCACGCGGACGGCCGGCGCCACCGCUACCUCGAGACGCUAACCCUCGAGGAGCUUGGCAAGGGUCGUGAGAGGGCUCGCCAGGAGGGCGAGCUGAUAACGAUCCGCGAUAAGUUCACUGAUAUUCGGCGAAGAAGCAAGAGAAGAACCAGUUCCACCACCAAUGGGGCGUAAAAGUGCCGCGAGCUAUUUGAGUGAUGAACCCGCCCUAUGAUGGCGUCUACAGUUGUGGUCAGUGAGAUAUAAGUUCGUGUGGUUUUCUUGAUCACCUGGAGGGUGGAGAGGUGCCACCAGCCGUCUGACAUUAUUAUGUAUAAGCCCGGGCCGUUGAGAUGGCUGGAAGCUUCCGUCUUUUAUACUUGCUUUCUUAUAAAAAAGGGCGGGUCGUCAGAAGGAUAAUGAAUAAUAGACGGCGUUUGAAUAAAUGACCAAUGUGCAAAAGCUACUGACAACCCAAAUUCCAUAGUUCAUGCCGUGUAUUCAUGCUUAGGAUGCUACUUGUUUCUGUAUCGGGCGCCCUAUUGCGCCCAGUCUCAAUGUCAUUUCGCCAUUGUGCCAUUCCGUCGUUU